GGUCGCGAGUUCUCGUCGAUGUUAGUUUAGGGGUCGCUGGCUAAAAAGUUUGAGAACCACUGAUCUAUACUACUAUGAGUUUCUUGUAGCAAGAUUAUGUCUAUGUUCUUCUGUUUCUUCAAAAAUCUGUGCUCUUUUUUUGGCAUUGUUUGCGUCAUUAACAUUCAUAGACGCAAUGUGUACUUCACUCAUAAUAAAGAGAAAGAAAAAGAAAAAACACAAUUUACCACACAAAGAGAAAAAAUUAUUCUCUUUCUUCAUCUUAUAAAGCAUCAUUAUUUAAGGUGCUGUUUAUGUUCCUCACAAUUUUCUUCAGCUUAUACACUUCUUUGUUGGUAAAAGAAUCACUAGCCAUCCAACUCUUUGCUCGAUCAACAAAUUGCUUCAGAUCAGGAAAAUAUUCCUGCACUUUUACACCCCUUUUAUUUUUUGUUGAUCUGAGGAACAAUUUUAUGUCCUCAAGACCAUAACUGCGAGUACAAGUUUCACCUUGCGAAAAACUCACACUGCAUUCAGACGAGUCACUGUCACUUUCCGUCUCUUGCAUUUCCUCACUUGGCAAUUCAAUUGUCUUGCUAAUUUUAGCGUCUAGCAACUUAUUUUUCAUUUUCCUCUUUUGAGGAGUUUUGAAAACAAGUUGCACUUCCGCUGUAAGCUGUGCAUCUUCAUUCACUACACUGGACUGAUUAUCUUCACCAUUUGCAACUUCCUUUUUACCUUCUGAAGAUGAAGCCACUGUGUCAGGGACACCCACGCCAUUAGUUGUAGUUAGGACAUUAGAACUUCCUUGAUCUGAGAAGAAACUGAUUUACCCUCAACUUCUACUGGAUGAUCCACAACCUCCUCUGUCAAAACCAAGCUUGCUUCCUGACCUUCCACUUCAGACUGCUUCGCCCCGUUUUCUUCAUUAUCCUGUUCAAUUGUUCUGCUUUCAUUCCUUUCCUCCAUCUCAGCAUUUUUAUUUGGACAAUUCCUAAUUAAAUGCCCUGCAUUACCACAUCCAAAGCACUUUAUUUUUCCAGGGGUGACGAAAAUAGCAUAACUAAAGUCAUCAAUUCGAAAAUUCAGUGUCAAAUCCAAGUCAGCAUCAUCCGGAAUAAUCAUGUACACGAACCGUCUAAAAGAAACAAUAUGUUUCAAUAAAGGCGACUCACUGCUUAUGGGAAUCUUUUUUAUUGGGGACACCAACUUCCCAUAUCGUGUCAAAGCCUUCGUUAGAAUUUCAUCACUAACAAAAGGUGGCACAUUCGAUUGAAUAACUUUUUUCGCUGGUAAGGAGAGCGGGAGAGCAGAAAUGAAUUCCCCGUCAAUAACAAUUCUAUGGGAGGCCGAAUGGGACUAAACACAUUGAAACACUUGCGCAUACAUGUGAAACACUUGCACGUUCAUGUGAAAUACUUGCACGUUCAUGUGAAAUACUUGCGCAUACAUGUGAAAUACUUGCGCAUACAUGUGAAACACUUGCACGUUCAUGUGAAAUACUUGCGCAUACAUGUGAAACACUUGCACGUUCAUGUGAAAUACUUGCGCAUACAUGUGAAACACUUGCACGUUCAUGUAAAAUACUUGCGCAUACAUGUGAAACACUUGCGCUGACUAACAUAUAUUUGGGCACAUAUAUAAAACACGUGCGGUUACGCAAAGUCCUUGCAUAUACCCUGUAACUGCCCAAGUACUGUUGUGCCUGCACCUGCAAACAUUCUCACGUGUGAGAGAGCAAAAACAUUUUAGUGUGUCCGGAAGUCGUUUCGUUGCAACCGGAAGUUAUAUCUUAAAUAUUACUCCAUCCAAACUUGUUUAAAGAAUGAAGUAUUUGUUGUUAUUCUUUACAAUAGGCUUUUUCGUAUGUGAUCACUCGUGUGUUAUUGCAAACUCUGACGAAAUUUUUAAUUUUCUUUCGCGUGUCCUUCGGUGCAUAGAAUGUUUACAAACUGACCCUGCAAUCCCAUACUUUACUGAACUAGAGCACCAUGCACGGACAAUUCGUUCAAUUACGAAUGUAGUUACUCGUGCGGGAGGCCAGGGGUCUGAAGACUGCAUUAUUGUUCUGGAUUCAUUAUAUAAUAAUCUCCGUUUAAUUCUGCAGCAAUUUGACAGCCAAAUACUACAAGACACCGACAAUUGCAUCGUCCCGCCAACAAUUCACAGUGGCACUGCUGGUCGCCCACGGUAUGAUUUGACAGCAGAUCAGAUUAACCACUGCUUGGAUUUGGGUUAUAACUGGCAGGGAAUAUCUUCACUGUUUGGAAUAGACCGGCGAACUUUAUUCCGUCACCGGCAACGUCUUUCUAUUCCAUCGAAUGAAUACAGCUCAUUGCCAGAUGAGAAUCUGACUUUAAUCAUUAGGCAAAUUCUAGAGAACACUCCAAAUGCUGGUGAAUCAUAUGUCAGGGGAAGUCUUCGCUCAAGGGGAUUCCGCAUUCAGCGAUGGAGGGUCCGCCAAAUUCUGCAGGAAAUUGACCCUGUCGGACGAUGCUUUCGACGUAGGCAAGCCAUUCGUCGCAGAAUUUACAGUGUCGGAGGUCCUAAUGAAUUAUGGCACAUAGACGGAAACCAUAAAUUGGUUAGAUGGAGGUUUGUGUUCCAUGGAUGCGUAGACGGGUAUAGCCGUACAAUCAUAUACCUUGACUGCUUAAACAACAACAGGGCUUCCAGCGUUUUGUCUCUGUUUCAAAGAGGGGUGUACAACUUCGGAUUGCCUUCUAGAGUCAGAUGUGAUCGUGGAAUGGAAAACAUCGAGGUGGCAAGAUUCAUGCUGAGAAGAAGAGGACUGAACAGGGGAAGUAUCAUAGCAGGACGCAGUGUUCACAAUCAGCGGAUAGAAAGACUUUGGGGUGAACUUAACCGUGUAGUGUCAUACUACUACUCAGACUUGUUCAGUUUCAUGGAGAAUCAAUUUAUUCUUGAUUCACUGUCUGAACUGCACCUGUUUGGCUUACAUUAUAUUUACCUGCCACGAAUCCAAAGGGCUGCGAGGGAAUUCACAAACCAGUGGAAUAACCAUGCUUUAUCUACAGAAAGACACAUGACACCUUUGCAAUUGUGGUACAGAGGAGUUAUUUGUUCUGUUGGGCAAAAUAACAUGGCAGUGAACAGUGUAUUUGAUACAAAUAACUCUUCAAUUAAUGUUGACACUGGACACUUGGCUGAAGAUGUGCUCAGCAACCAAGUUGCAAUUCCUGAAAACACUUUUCAUGUAAACGACACUACCCUGAAUGAAAUCCGCCAGAUGUUUGAUCCUCUACAAGAUGAUGGUAAUCACGGAAUUGACAUUUUCUUGGCGCUUGUAAAUUUUCUUGAAACGAGACAGUAAUUGUAAAUUUGUUUUUACAAGUCCCUUAAAGUCAAGUGUUAUCUCUUUUUUGUACUGUGUUGAAUAGUUAAAUAAAACUAAAACAUUCAAAAUACACAAGGAAAAUAUCAUGUUCAUUAUGUUAAUU